AUGUCUGAACGCAAAGUGCAGGAUACACUGCCAUCGAGCGAGCGGGAGGAUGAGGCACCUGAACAGCCGCAGACAGAAGAGCGAUGGAAGUCAGGCGUGGCAAAAGUGCCGCUCAACCUCUCAGAAAUUGUAUGCAAAGAUUCCUUCCACGUCGUUAACCCUUACUAA